AUGAUUGCCUCAUCAGGGUAUAACCGCAAGAUACGCGUUUGGGACGCGCUGACGUGCGCCCUGCUAUCAGUCCCCUCCGGUCAUUCUCACGCUGUUUUCUCUGUCAAGUACUCUCCGGACGGCGCUCACAUAGCUUCUGCUGCUGUAGGCGGAACGGUCAAGAUUUGGGACGCGGUGUCCGGCGUGCUCAUCCACACCCUGAAAGGGCACACAGGCGACGUGACCUGCGCAGCCUUCACACCCGACGGCAGCCUCAUCGUAUCUGGCUCCAACGAUCGGUCUAUCAAGAUAUGGGACGCAGGAACAGGCAAGCUCAUUCGCAAAUUUGUCGGACAUACAGAAAGUGUCUGCUCCGCCACCUUCUCGCUGGAUGGCAGACGUAUUGCAACAGGCUCCAAUGAUACAACUGUCAUCAUUUGGGAUGCUGCCACCGGAGCAUCCCUGGCGACAUGCGUGAACCAUGAGGACUGGGUUUGCUCUGUCGCCUGCUCUCCCAGUGGAGAACGUGUCGCGUCCGGAGGCCAAGACCAUCUCGUUCUAGUGUGGAAUGCAGAGGGAGGGGAACUACUCCGGGAGCUGGAGGGGCACGCCAACAUGGUGUGGUCGGUUGCCUUUGCUCCGGCCGGGGAUGUCAUCAUUUCUUCCUUGCUGGACAAAACCAUGCGACUUGGGACGUCGAAUCCGGCGCUUGUCUCCUCGUCCUUGACCCACAUACCUGGCACCGCACCCUGCACCUCUCCCCCGACGGCUCUGGAGUUCUAG